AUGCUGGAGGUGAUUAACCUAUUGGUUGAUUAUAUACAGGAGAAACCAGGAACAACUCAAACGGAUGUUGUUGACAGUUGGAACAAUGCAAGGAAUCGUGGUUUAUCCGUCGAUAAGCAAUGUGGUAUUUUAUUCGAAGAAAUUGUGGAUGUGGCAAUCAGACCACGGUUUUCAUUAGAGUAUGGUAUUCUCGAAGUAAUUCUUCAUAUUGGACAGAUUCUAAAUCAGAGAUCGUUUAUAUCAGAUAGAUGGUGGUUCAAAUUGGCAGAAAUCAAAGUUCCAAGGAAAAGUGAUGGGCUUGAAAGUUUGACCAGAAGUUUGUUGAACUAUGGAAUUUCAAGAGAUAAUAUUCAUAACUGGAAAGCAAUAAUGCUACUCCUAGAGUUGUUUUAUCAGCAAUCAGACAUUCGGAGAUUUAUUAUUAAACAGUUACGGGAGGUGUACAAUUAUCGUUUAGGGGAAAUUUUGGAUUCCUUGAACAGUUUUCAACUGGCAAAUUACUUAAUUGAAUUGAUAAUCAAUUGUUUCCCCAAGAAGCAUAAUAUACGAGCAACUUUAUCCUCGGCGCCAAAACUAUGGACAGAACCUGAGAAAACAAAAUCUUUCUUUUCAGAUGAACUUUAUCCUCACCGUGCUAAGCAUGGAGAAGAUGCAAUUAUUCAGUUAAUUUUAAAAAGGUACGGUAGCUUUUUCACAAAUUUCGGUUCCAUCAAGAAAGCCGUUUAUAUCACAGGAAAAUCGAGUGGAAUAAAAACGUUAUCCAAGCAUCAAUCAUAUAUGCAGGUGAUACACCAUUCAUUAUACUUUUGGGAUGGAGAAGGCCUUUUCUUCGAAAUCAAUCCAAAGAAAGUAGAUAUCGUGAGAGAUUUAAGGGACACAUUGAAAAUUACUUUGACUGACACGUUUUCACACUGUGUCCUGUCCCCUCAUUCAGCAUGGUUAGCAACUCUUAACAAGACAACGUCUUUCCAAUUUCAGAGCCACGAUCCCGCCGUUAGUGAAUUGAUUUGGAAUGCUACUAAAUUACCUAAGAUCAGUGAAGUACAGACCUAUAUUUCAUUAAGAUUUCCAUCGUCCUACGAUGAUGGAAUCAUUGAAUCGUCUAUUCAAGAGCCAGAACCAAGUGUCGGUGAUAACUUGAUGACGAUAGAAAAUGGUGAUAAUACUAAUAGUUCGUUUCAUAUGGGUCAAGUUACCGAUCACUAUGAUACUCCCGAAAAACCACAUGACGACACAGUAGAGAAACCACCAGUACCCGAAAUGGUACCAUCGUCAUCCCAACAACCCGAGACCCCAAGGAAAUUGAAACUUUCUAUAUUUGAUGAUUCUAUUGAACAUGAUCAACAAUCUCCUUUGGCUAUAGCUCAGAAGCGAAAGAUAGUGAGGGCAACGUCGAAAACGUUGGAAGUUUUAAAGGAAGAUUUUAACAAAAAGGCACCAAUGGGUCCAUUAUCUUCUUGCCAAGAAGAUAUUGAAGAACCUGUAAAUGAGUCUCUUGCUCGAUUAUGUGCUAUCCCACACAUCUCAAAAGACACAUCUAUGGCUGUACACAAUAAGAAGGUUGGGAAUGUUGACCGGAAUAGCGGUAAGAUUAAAAAAGUGACAGAUAUGUUCAAGGCGACGACAACAAAGAAGAAAGAUGUAUCGAUACUAGAUGACAUAUUUGCCCUGCCAUUGCCAAGGGGCAAUAAAAAGAAGGUAGAUAAAAGCAAGCAAACUGUAUUGAAUAAUUUCAAGCCAAUUGUAUAUGUGCCCUCUCAAGAUGUACCGCCUGCAAAAUCAAAAAUGUUAGCCGCCAACAAUAAUAAAAUAUCAAUCAAAAGAAAGGCCAUCGUGCUGCAGAGUACAGAAGAAAAGAACAAGAGGCAGAAGGUACAAGAUCAGAAAGAAGAUAUAUUUGCCCUUUCGGAGCAUGGAGAACCACGGAUAAAGGAAGUUGAAAAGAGACAGCCAGUCACCACUUCAUCGGUGAAGAGAAUCACAAGGUCAUCUAGAAAAGUCUACGCUGCGGAAGAAAAUGUGAAAAAGCCUCUCACCACGACAAGUAACGAACAAAAACCCUGCUUUAACAAGAAAAACGGUGCAAAUGUUAGUACUGUAGCGGCAGAAAAUGAAUUAGUUAAUUCUGCAGAUGACACAAGAUCUGAUGAUAUCACAAUCGGUAACGACAAAUCCAUAAUUACAGAAUCGUCUCAUACUGACAUAUCGAUGUUUGCAGCUGCUACUGCUACCGCAGAAAACACCACUAUUUCAGGUGGUAGCAAUAAAUUCCCAUCGUUUGAGACCUCGUUUACAAACCAACUACAGGAACAGAUUUAUCACUCCGUGAUGAACUUCAGUAAUGAAUUGACAAGAAAGAUCUCGUUAAUUAACGGUGAGAUGAACAAAAAAAUUAUUAACGAAUUAUCUGAGAAAUACAAAACAAUGUUCAAAGAGCUUCAGUCCAGUUUCCAGAACGACGUGGAAAAGAUUACUGGGUUCGUUGGUGAAAUCAAAGAUAUGUUACAUCUUCCAGAAGAAGCACUAGUUAAACUCAUAAGAGACAAACAAUUCCAUUCUUAA